AUGUAUAGAUCUCGAGCGCUUUCUCUUUAUAGACGUUCUUUAAAGUUAUCUCUUGAUUGGUGUGUUAGAAGAGAUAUUUGGAGGUUAGAGGCAUUAAAAAUUAGAUCUCGUUUUGAAUCCAAUAAAAAUAUUCAUGAUCCGCGUCUUCUUUUGGCUAUUUUUGAUGAAACUGAAGAGAUUUUGAAAAAAUAUAGACAUCCAGAUCCUUAUAUCGUUCCUACGUCUCCAGGUGGUUCAAAAUGGGAACGAAACAUUCUUCCUUCUGCGCAUGUAUCUAAUCUUUAAUGAUAAUAUGUCGGUUUUUAUUAAUAUUAACAUAAUUUAAAUUUGAAUGUUGAUG